UGACCUGAGUGUGUCUGACCUCCAGCUGGAGGAACACAUCAUCCACCUCCGGGAGGAGCUGGACCGCGAGCAAGAGGAGAAGAGCUACUUCCAGCUGGAGAGAGACAAGAUCCAGGCCUUCUGGGAGAUCUCCAAGAGGAACCUGGACAAGACGAAGGCCGAGCUGAGGAACAGGAGCCGGGAGAGAGAUGAGGCUGAGGAGCGCCACCGAGUCGAGAUCGAAGUCUACAAGCGGAAGCUGAAGCACGUCCUGUCGGAGCAGCACAACGCCAUCACUGAGCUGAAGAUGGAGGACGUCUCUGCGUCCUCGCUGGUCGAGAAGAAGCACGUGCAGUCUGAGAUCACGCUGCACAGAAACGUUCAGGGUCUGCAGGCGGAGCUCACGGAGAAGAAGUUCCACAUCGAGAGCCACGUCAAAGCGCUGCAGCUGAAACAUCAGACGGAGCUGAUGGAGCUCACCAACCACUACGAGCACAGGAUCAGAGACAUCGAGGUGAAGUAUCAUAAGAAGAUGCAGAUGAUGAUCCAGGAGGAGAAGAAGAAGCGUCAGGCGGCGGUCGCCGAGCUCGACGAGAGGAUGAAGAGUCGAGAGGCGGCUCUGAUUGAGGAGCACGACCGAGCUCUGCGGAGAGUCGAGGAGCAUUUCACGUCCACUCGGGAGAGACUGCUGACAGACCAGAGGACGCUCAAGGUGAGACCCGUGAAUCUGACCCUGGAGCACGACCUGCUGCUGCAGGCCUCUGAGAAGGUGCAGCAGGAGCGCGACGAGCUGCUGAAGAAGCAGAGGGACGCCAUCAUGGACGUGCAGCGGAGGAGCGAGCUGAAGGCGAUGAUGUUGGAGAGGAAGCUGGCAGCGCUCACCGAAACCUUGGAGAAGAAGGAGGCUCAGCUGUGCGCCGCGCUCUCGGCCUCCAGCGCCGAUCCGACGGCAGCAGGCGGCGCCGCUGGCAGGCUGGAGGCCAUCGUGGAGCAGAAGCACAACGCCAUCGCGGCCUUAAAGGAGGACCUGGCUCAGCGGCGUAAGGUGAGCGGUGGUGGGCGGGGCACAGCUCACCUGUCAGCAGCU